AUGGAUGCACCCCAGAAUGAAACAUUGGCACAUGCUGGGCUUCAAUAUAGAGACCUCAAGGUUGAGAGCAGGUCUAUAACUGCCGAGACCAGGUUAUUGUCACCUGUGCAGAUCAGCGUAUUCUAUGAGACGAGCUGCCCAGACUGCCGUAAUUUUGUGGUAAACCAACUCUGUCCAACAUGGUUCAGGCUGAAGGAAGUGGUGAACAUCACAUUGAUUCCAUUCGGUAAUGCUGAGGAAAUUCGAGAAGGCCAGAAUUGGCAGUUCAGGUGUCAGCACGGAGAGGCCGAAUGCCAGGGGAACUUCAUCCAGACUUGCAUGAUACAUUACCUUAAGAAUGCUACAAGUUAUAUGCCAGUGAUUUGCUGUAUGGAAUCAGCCUCCUCGGUCCUCACUGAAGCACAGCGGUGUUUACAAGUACAUGCACCAACUGUGUUCUGGGACACCAUUAAUAGCUGUGUGAAUGGGGAUCAGGGAAAUGAAUUGAUGCAUCAAAAUGCUCAAAUGACAAAUGAACUGGACCCACCACAUAAUUAUGUCCCAUGGGUCCUGAUCAAUGAGGAACAUUCUGAGGAUCUCCAACAUCAAGCUGAGACUGACCUCUUUAAUUUGCUGUGCAGGACCUACAUAGGUCAUGAGGCCUGUGACCUGAGAGAGGACAUCUCAAUAUAAUUCUCAAAAAUGGAAAUAUUGCUGCACUGUCGAGUAUGAGCAUUUUAUGAUGGGUGUCAUUUCUCUUUCAUGAUUCUGCAGCUCUGUCAGAAUUUUGUGCUAUGUUCUACAAACCAGAUUCUAUACAUAGUUCCACAAAAUUAUU